AUGCCCACCGCCAAAUUAUUCAUCUCUCUCCUCUGUUUCUCUCUCCUCACUCUCUCCGUCACCGCCCGCCCCUACGUCCUCGUCCUCUCCCAAGAAGACUUCAAAGACGAACCCCCUUCCGAUCCCGAUUCCUCCCCCGAGUGGGACGAGUUCGGCGACUCCGACUCUCACAAAUCCGAAGAGGAUCUCGACCCUGGAUCAUGGCGCCAAAUCUUCGAACCAACCUCCACCCAACCGCAACCUCAACCUCAAUCCGAUACGGAGGCUCUCUACUACUCCGCCGUGACCAAGCUUAUGACAGGAGACGCGAGGCUAAUCGAAGAAGGCUCUGGUGAGAUUGAGACGGCUGCAGAGUCUGGUUACCCGGCGGCACAAUCAGUGUUAGGGUUUUUGUGGGGAAUGGGGCUUUUGAGAGAGAGGAGUAAACAGAAAGCAUUUGUUUAUCAUCAUUUUGCUUCAGAUGGUGGCAAUAUGCAAUCCAAAAUGGCUCUUGCUUAUACCUACACUCGUCAAGAUAUGUUUGAUAAAUCGGUUAAGCUUUAUGCUGAAUUAGCAGUAGUGGCUGUCAAUGGUUUUCUCAUUUCCAAAGAUUCUCCCGUCAUUGAACCUAUUAGGCUACACAAUGGAGCUGAAGAGAACAAAGAGGCACUUAGAAAAUCUAAAGGGGAAGAGGAUGAGGAUUUUCAGAUUCUCGAGUAUCAGGCACAGAAAGGGAAUGCUGCUGCUAUGUACAAAGUGGGACUCUUUUACUACUUUGGGCUACGUGGAUUGAGGCGUGACCAUUCUAAGGCACUUUCGUGGUUCUUGAAGGCAGUGGAGAAGGGAGAGCCUCGCUCCAUGGAGCUUCUCGGAGAGAUAUAUGCCAGGGGAGCCGGUGCUAUGGAGUCGACAACAAAAAUUACACUAAAGCAAAAGAGUAUUUUGAAAAGGCUGCUGAAAAUGACGAGGUUGGUGGCCAAGCCAAGAAUCUCUCCCUCUACCACUUCCAUCUCAGAUUCCUCUCCUCUCUUUUUCAACCACUAUUAA